AUGGCUGCGCAGAAUAGAAAGCCUGUCUUGAUAGCAGGAGCCGGCCUGGCGUCCCUUCUUUUAGCGCGUUCUCUGCUGCGCUCCUCUAUCCCGUUCCUGGUCUUUGAGCGUGACCAGUCUAUUCUCUUUCGUGCGCAAGGCUACAGAUUGCGCCUGUCGUCAGAAGGUCUUGAUGCCAUCGAGUCAGUGCUGGGCCCAGAGGGGUUCCCAAGGUUCUGGGACAAGUGCGGCAAAACGGGAGGCGCCAAGGGGUUCGCUGCCGUUGAUGCGCUGACUGGCCAGGAGGUGGACGAGAGCACCAAGAAACCUAGCGAGGACGCACCGAAGGGACCCGGCCGCGAAAUUCUUUCUUCAAGAGAUGGCAAGACCGUCGGCAUCUCCAGAGGCGACAUGCGCGCCUUGUUCCUGGAAGGGUGCGAGCCCUAUGUGAGAUGGGGGCACCAUGUCGCCGGCUACGAAUUGACAUCGGACGGCGUCAGGGCAAUCUUCAAGGACGGAACCAAGUCCGUCGAGGGAUAUAUGCUGGUUGGCGGUGAAGGCAUCUACUCCAAGGUUGCCAAGCAGGUCUCCAACGGUAAAAUCAAGACCUAUGACACUGGGGCUCGAGGAAUCCACGGCCAAGCCCCGACCGCCGCUUUCAAGGAGCUCGGAGAAGGUGUGUGGAGGUUAGUUGAUAACUCCAAACCCCAGGGCAGAGUGUUUACCAUCACGAAUGUUCGCCCCGGAGACAUGGACGACCCCGAUGUGCAAUUUGGAUGGACCAUGGGAGGACAGCCUGGCGUCAUCCAACCGCCCAAUGAUGACUUUGCUAUUAUCGGCAAGCCAGCAGCUGACAUGGCAAAGGCAUUGACCGCGCACUGGCAUCCUCGCGUGAAGCCCUUGUUCGAUCAGAUGAACGAGUCCGAGGCGGCCUUCUGGAAGAUCACCUGCUCGACUCCGUCAGGGGUGCCGGAGUGGCCCAACGAUCCCCGGGUCACUGUUAUCGGGGACGCCGUUCAUUCCAUGACACCCGCGGGCGGUAUCGGCGCGAACACUGCCUUUCGAGACUCUGCGCUGCUGGGAGGACUUCUGGCCGCAGAAGGUGGUUGGAAGGAGGGAGUGACAGCCGCUUAUGAGAAGGAAAUGAGGGUCUACGGGAGUGAAGCGGUCAAGAUGAGCUACGGCAUGGCUACGUCCCAGUUUGGCGUCACGAUCAAUGAGAACUCUUCUCCUACAGUAGGCUAG